AUGGAGAUAACAGUGAUGGCCAAGAGUAUACUGAUCUUGUGGAUGAUGAGCUCAUUGAUUUGGCAAGUAGUUGGAGUAGGAAGAAUUGAGCGUGUACCAGGAAUGUUUAUAUUUGGAGAUUCAUUAGGAGAUGCAGGAACUAACAAUUUCAUUCCAAACUGUACUGCUCGAGCCGACUUUUCACCAUAUGGCGUCAGCUCCUUCCUCAGCCCAACUGGUCGCUUCACAAAUGGCCUCACUGUUUUCGAUUUCAUAGCUAAAUACUUGGAGCUCCCUCUCAUACCUCCAUAUCGUGAGCUCACUUUCAAGCCUCUAUACCUUCAGCAGGGAAUUUAUUCCUAUGGGGCUAAUUUUGCAUCGGGAGGGAGUGGAUUGUUGGAUUCAACAGGCCUUGAUAAGAAAGUUGUUAAAUUGAGUGAUCAGAUAUCAAAAUUUGAAGAAUUCUCUGAGUGUGUACCCAAGAAAUCGUACCUGGGAAAUUCUUUAUAUUGCAUUUCCAGUGGGGGCAACGACAUUGAAGCCUACUUCUCAAAUUACAGUAAUGCUCUCACUCCGCCAUACACACCAUUCGUCAACUCGCUUGUUAGCACACACGAAGGAUACAUCCAAAGGCUUCAUCGUGCUGGAGCAAGAAAAUUUCUGAUACUCGACAUCUCCGCUGUAGGAUGUACUCCUAGUGCCAGAUUGAAGUAUAAUUCUACAUACAAUGGAGGGUGUGCGGAACUUGGAAAUCAAGUAGCACAGGAAUAUAACACUGCUAUGAAAAAGCUUGUGGAUGAUCUGAAUGGAGAACUAGAGGACGUAAAUAUCAUCAUUCUUAAUUCUUAUGAUCACUUGGAAACCAUGUUUUAUAAUGGCGAAGAUUUUGGAUUUUCAGAAACAGAAUCAGCAUGCUGUGGAUCAGGACCGUUAAGAGCCAAUGUGAGCUGUGGACAGACCACUCCGACAGAUCAGUAUUGCGAUUAUCCAGACACACAUUUGUUUUGGGAUACAAUUCAUCCCACAGAAAAAGUUUAUUCCAUAUUUUCAGAAAAAAUAUGGGGAGGAAAUUCUUCUUUUAUGCAUCCAUUUAACCUUUCCACACUAGUCUUUGGAAUGAAUAAAAAAUAA